CGCCAUGAAUGAAUGGGUGUGCCAACCACUGUCAGCGAAUCCAACUGCUGUCAGCAGAUCAGCCACCAUUAACAAACCAUGUGUCUACUCGUAUUGAAGUUUGGGUGUGGUCAUGAACAUAACCUUCCAGAGUUCUCAAUACCUAGAGAUCUUGUCACCUUUGGGGGGUCCUUUCUCACAUCAUCUUCUUUUCCUCCCACCAUCUCGUUUCCAUCAAUCACUUUUUUUCUCCUUCUGUUACCCCGUAUUUCUAUUCAUAACCCCUUUUUAGUCUCAUGCUUUUGUCUCCUUUUCUAACCUCCUCCUCGUCUCCUAUUUUUGUCUAUUUUCUAGUUUCCAUUAGAGUCUUGUUUCAAUUUCUCACUGAUGUUAUUAUUCUCCCCUUUCUCCCUGCCUUAACUUCCACAUUUUCUCUCCUUCCUUCAUUUCCUUUUUUCUUCUUUUUAGGUAUUUUUUAUUUACUGUCUUCUUCCGCAGGAGACGGAAACAAAAAUCAAACUGUCCCCAUCAUCCAAGGCUGUUUCUGAUAAGAUCUGAUUCCCCUUCUGUUUCAAACUUGAAUCUCAAACCUGCGCCUCUCCCGCCCUGUCAUACUGAUACAUGAUUAAAGGUGAGGAAAGCAGUUCAGAUAAAGUACAGUGGGCCCAGGGUUUCCCGACGUGUUCCAGGUGCCGUUACUGUGCCCCGCCGUAUUGCGUCAUUUUCUUUCUUCUCAACCAACAGAUGGUGAGACGAAGAUU